AUGUGGAGGGAAGGGGUGGACGUUUCCAUUCAAAGCUACUCAAAGCACCACAUUGACUCCAUUAUUCGAUUUGAGAAUCAUAAUAAUUUUCGUGUCACAGGCUUUUACGAGCAUGCAAAUCCAAACCUUAAAAGUAGUUCGUGGGAAAUGUUAAGAAGGGUUGGAGGUUCGGUUAGAGAGGAUUGGGCGGUUGGAGGAGAUUUUAACACUACUCUGAAUGAAGUCGAAAAAGAUAGUGGUCAUAGGAAGGUGAGGGCGCAAAUGAAUGAGUUCAAAGACAUUAUGGAUGAUUUGGCUCUUAUUGACAUUAAACCCAUUAGAGGGUGGUUUACUUGGGUCAAUAAUAGGAGUGGUGGUAGCUUGAUAAAGAAAAGGUUAGAUAGGUUCUUAACUUCGGUUUCCAUGAUUGAGAAGUUUCCCUUUAUAGCUACUAGUGUGGUACGUCAAACUCAAUCUGACCAUGAUGCUAUUCUUUUGGACGUGUGGGGCCGGAAGCCUAAAGAUUAUCCCAAAGAUCAUAGGUUGUGCUUCAGAUUUGAUGACUGUUAG